AUGUCCAAACUGCUGGGAGCUGCCGGAAGUUCUUGCACAGAAUCCAAGUGUGGGAAUAAUGAUGGAUUAGCCAUUCACUACCCUUUCAUUCGCGGACAACAUUGUGGCUACGAUCCUGUUCUUCAAUGUACUCAGCCCCAUGAAACAGUAGUUGCAGAGAACUCAGUGGUGCUGGUAAAAUUCUUUGUCAAACACAUAGAUUAUAAGCAUCAGAGAAUCCAGCUCAAUCAACCAGAUGAUUGCCUGCUGCUAAAGCCUUUCGACAUCACACACAUGCCAACUUCUCCCUUCUAUUUCCCACAGGAUAGGCUGUUCAGCAGCAUGAAUAUUACCCUAUAUCAUUGUCCUACUGUUCCUGUUGAGAGAGAGUAUCUAAAGCAAGUCCCUUGCCUCGGUGGCCCUACCGCCCAAGUAUACGCCUUUCCUUCAAAUUCUGAUUUACUUACGUACAUGGUAUCAGUUAGGUCUUGUACAAAGAUGUAUGAUGUUUUAUCACUUCCAUUUGGAACUUGGUGGGGAAAUAAAGAGGAUUUUAUACUGAAUUGGUCUAAGCCAAAUUGUACUGAAUGCGAGGCAGAGGGUAAAAGCUGUAGAUUGCAGAGGAAUGGCACCAACACUGAAGUUGAAUGUGUUCACUUGAAGAAACCAAGUAAGGCAUUCGCAACAUGUGCAACAACAAAAUUUGUUGCUACAGGUGCAACUGUGGGUUCAUUCGUUCUCUUACUACUGCUCAUUCCAGCCUAUCGUGCAUAUAACUCUGACAGAAAGGAAACGGAAUUUCAAAGAAAAAUUGAACGAUUUUUGGAAGAUUAUAAAGCUCUCAAGCCAAGCAGGUACUCAUAUGCAGAUAUCAAGCGAAUUACAAAUCAAUUUAAGGACAAGAUAGGAGAAGGAGCCUAUGGAUCGGUGUUUAAAGGAAAUCUUUCUUCUGAACUCUAUGUUGCUGUGAAAGUCCUGAAAAUUUCAGAUGGGAAUGGAGAAGAGUUCAUAAAUGAAGUAGAAACUCUAGGCCAUAUCCACCAUGUUAAUGUGGUACGCUUAGUUGGCUUUUGUGCUGAUGGAUUUGAACGAGCUCUUGUUUAUGACUUCUUCCCCAGUGGUUCUCUGCAAGAUUUCAUAUCAUCAGCAGAUAAUAAGAAGGGUUUCUUGGGUUGGGAUAAGUUGCAAGAUGUUGCUCUAGGCAUAGCCAAAGGAAUUGAAUAUCUACAUCAAGGAUGCGUACAACAAAUCCUUCAUUUCGAUAUCAAACCUCAUAAUGUUUUGCUAGACCAAAAUUUGACUCCAAAAAUUUCUGAUUUUGGUUUGGCCAAGUUAUGUUCAAAGGAUCAAAGUAUAGUGUCAAUGACUACAGCAAGGGGAACUAUGGGCUACGUUGCACCUGAGGUAUUCUCCAGGAACUUCGGGAAUGUGUCCUAUAAGUCAGAUGUGUAUAGUUAUGGAAUGGUACUGCUCGAGAUGGUAGGAGGAAGAAAGAACAUCAGUUCAACCACAGAGAACACAACUGAAGUUUACUACCCAGAAUGGAUCUAUAGUCUACUAGAAGGUGUAGACCUUCGAAUCCAUGUUGGGGAAGAAGCAGAUGCUAAAAUUGCAAAGAGACUUGCGAUUGUGGGUCUCUGGUGCAUCCAAUGGCACCCGGUAGAUCGUCCCUCUAUGAAAGGGGUGGUUCAGAUGUUGGAAGGAGGAGAAAAAUUAACGAUGCCGCCUAAUCCUUCCGCAACAUCAGGACAUAGUAGAGCAAAUGAUGGAAGCACCCCUAAAAGACCAAUGUAUCUCGAAUUAGAAACAAUUACUGAACUAGAGUAA